ACUUCCUAGAUCAGGAUGCCUUUUAAAAGUGGAUUAGAAUUAACUGAGUUCCAGAAUAUGACUGUCCCUGAGGAUGAUAACAUCAGCAAUGAUUCAAAUGAUUUUACAGAGGUAGAAAAUGGCCAGAUAAAUAGCAAGUUUAUUUCGGAUCGGGAGAGCCGAAGAAGUCUCACAAACAGUCACUUGGAAAAAAAGAAAUGUGAAGAAUAUAUUCCAGGAACAACCUCAUUGCAAAUGUCUGUCUUUAAUCUCAGCAACGCCAUUAUGGGUAGUGGAAUUUUAGGUCUUGCCUUUGCACUAGCCAACACAGGAAUCAUCCUUUUUGUGUUUCUAUUGGCUUCAGUGACAGUACUGUCUAUUUAUUCAAUAAAUCUCCUGUUGAUAUGUUCAAGGGAAACAGGCUGCAUGGUGUAUGAAAAGCUUGGCGAGCAGGUCUUUGGCGCUCCGGGAAAAAUGAUUGUUUUUGGAUCCACUUCUCUCCAGAAUACUGGAGCAAUGCUGAGCUAUCUCUUCAUAGUAAAAAAUGAGCUGCCUUCUGCCAUAAAGUUUCUUAUGGGAAAAGAAGAAGCAUUUUCGGCAUGGUAUGUGGAUGGGCGAAUUCUUGUUGUAGCCGUGACAUUUACUAUAAUCCUGCCCCUGUGUCUUCUUAAGAACUUAGGGUAUCUUGGAUACACUAGUGGAUUUUCCCUGGGUUGCAUGGUUUUUUUCCUCAUAGUGGUUAUCUACAAGAAAGUUCAACUUUCCUGCCCAGUCCUGGAGCCAAGUGCAACAUCACCUAUCAUAUCAAAUGUUAGCUCAGCACAUGAAGAUAUGUGUCAACCAAAGUAUGUUACCUUUAAUUCCAAGACUGUUUAUGCUUUGCCUACUCUUGCAUUUGCAUUUGUGUGCCACCCAUCGGUCCUUCCAAUUUACAGCGAACUUAAAGAUCGCACACAGAAGAGAAUGCAAAUGGUUUCCAAUAUCUCAUUUUUUGCCAUGUUCGUUAUGUAUUUAAUGACUGCUGUUUUUGGCUAUUACACUUUCUAUGAAAAUGUGCACUCAGAUCUGCUUCACAACUACCAGAGUAGAGAUGACAUCCUCAUCCUGACAGUGCGUGUGGCUGUCAUUUUUGCAGUCAUACUCACUGUGCCAGUGCUGUUUUUCACUGUGCGUUCUUCUUUAUUUGAGAUGGCUAAAAAAACAAAAUAUGACUUACGCCAUCAUGUUGUGGUUACUCUUGUCCUCCUGAUUUUCAUCAACCUGUUAGUAAUUUUUAUCCCCUCAAUGAAGGAUAUUUUUGGAGUUAUAGGAGUAACUUCUGCCAAUAUGCUGAUUUUCAUUCUUCCUUCAUCGCUGUAUUUAAAAAUCACACAUCAGGAUACAGAAAAAUUUACUCAGAGGAUUUGGGCUUCUCUUUUCAUGGCAUUGGGAAUAUUGUUUUCCCUAGUGAGCAUUCCUUUGGUCAUCUAUGACUGGGUGCACUCAGGAGACAGUGCUGAAGGCAACUGAAGUCAACAUCAUGCUGAAAAGGAUACAUCUCUGUUUGGUACUCACCAGAAUCACCACCAUUCUGUUUUAUCUAUCCCAUCCAUUAUGAGUUUACUCAAAUACUCAAAUCAAAUCCAAAUAAUGAAAUACUGAUAUAGAUGUAUUUGCUUGCAGAAAAUGCCCAUUUUCCCAACAGCAAUAUCAGUUUCUCCAAUUCCAGUGAGUUAUCAAAUCAAUGUUAAGUUUGUGUUGAUUGUCUGCAAGGGUUUACAUGGCUUUGCCACUUGGUUCCAAUCAUAAUUAAUUUUUACUCUUCUGGCCAUGAAUUAGAUUGUUCUACUAGUAGUCCUAAAACUUCCAAACUAUAAUAUUUAGUCCCUUGGAGCAAGACGUGUAUUUGUUUUUUGUUUUGCAAAUCCAGAUUCUAGAAUAGUUUUCACAAAUGAUGUUCAGCUUUCACCAUCUUUUUUUUAACCAAAACUGUACUCUUAAAUUGCAUACAUUUAAUCUGGCUUUUCAUUACUAUUUUGUAAACCAUUUCCCCUCAUUUAGUAAGUGUAGCAUUCUGGAGUGUUUAUA